AUGUAUAAAUUAUGUUUCUUUUUAAUUUUGAUAACAUUACAACAAUCUUAAUCAUGCAGUCAUUUUAAUGGUUGCUAAAGAACAAAUUAGAUAAAAUCAAUCCUGAGAGGCAAUUAUAAAAAUAUUAUAAGUUAUGAGAAUGGCUCUUUAUUAGUAAGUAGAAAAUAAAACUCAUUUAAUGGGUCAGGAAGAUUUAUAGGAAUGCUUUUUAGAAACGAAAUAUAUGCAAAUUCAGCUGAUUUAAAAGGUACUUUCUGUGGCAUAAGCUAUUCUAUACUUAUAGAACUGAGAUAAAAUUAUGAAUUGAAUAAUCUUAAAUUAUGGCUAUGGGAUGCACAAGCACGAUAUUACAAUCUUAUAGUGUAUGCUAUAUUUUCAGAAAAGGAAACAACUAUUUUUGAUUCAGUUUCUGCAUAAUCAAUCAUUCACAUUUAAUUUCCUGUUUAGAUUGUUAAACAAUUUAGAAUUUAUAAUAGAAACGGAAACUCAGCUUCAGGGACAACAAAUGUAGUUAAGGCAGAGGCAUAUUAUCGAAUUUGA